UCUUAUUUAUGCCUCAUUAUGUUAGUAGUCCUUAGAAUGCAAUUUCUUUCUUAUGUAGAUAACUGUGUGCACAGCGACAGAACUGAGGAUUUGAUGAGUGGUGCCUCCAGUUCAGGUGGCCUACGGGCUGCUCUCUCCUAUUGUGUGCAGCAAGUACGAAAUUAUGACUAUCAUCGCUACCUUUGCCUUCUUGAACUUCCACCAAAUAUGAGAAUAGCUGCUUUUGCACUCUCUGCUUUUAAUGUAGAGACAUCCAGAGCUAUGGAUGUGUCCUCUGAUCCUAACAUCGGUCUUAUGCGCCUGUUGUGGUGGCAAGAAACUCUGGACAAGUUAUAUGCCAACAAGUCGAUUGAGCAUCCAGUAGCACAGGCGCUUGCAUCUGUGAUAUCUCAAAAUAAAAUUAGCAAGAAUUGGUUGAAGCGUUCGGUGGAAGCUCGGAUUAAUGAUGCUAGAAGAGAGGACACUGACAUACCAAAAACCGUUGAAGAGUUGGAGCGGUAUGCAGAAGACACUGCAUCGACUAUUCUGUACUACACACUUGAAGCGGGUGGCAUUAGAUCGACAGUUGCAGAUCAUGAAGCAUCACACAUCGGAAAGGCGAAUGGGCUUCUUUUGCUGCUAAGGUCAUUACCUUACCAUGCGAGUCGAAACCGCCAUCUUGUUUACAUACCUGCUGACGUGGCUGAGAAACAUGGAUUGUUAGUACAUCAAAGUGGUCAAUCAGAGAUUCGUUUGGAUUCCCUUGAGAGCAUGUGCGAUGCUGUAUUUGACUUGGCAUCUGUUGCUAAUGCACAUCUGCAGAAAGCUCGUGAAUUGAGAGGAAAAGUGCCGGCUGAAGCCCGGCCAGUGCUUCUACCCGCUGUCCCUGCUCAGGUUAUGCUGGAUUCUCUAAGCCGUGUGCAGUUCGACGUGUUUGAUCCAAGACUAACACGAGUGAUUUUAGGGGUUCCCUCUCUGCUUUUCCAAUUGAAACUGAAAUGGUAUUCAUGGAGGGGAACAUACUAACAUGUUUUCUAGUUACAUUGGCAUAUCCACAAUGGCAUGCUAAUACAAAUAACAAAUGGCAAAGGGGGAAACUUUCUUUCUUCCCUAAUGCAAUGCUAACUGAAGUAGUCAAAUGGUAUUUAUCAAAAUCCAACUUUGUUGAAAUUUUGGUCUCCCUUUUUAUUUUGUGAUUCAGAUUGUCUGCCCUCAAUUUGUUAAUUGGCAUUGUAAAAUGUAAACCAAUAAUAAUGCUCUUUAUUUCCA